AUGUCUAAUCCUGGUCCUGUGCAUUGGAAAGCUUUGAAAUGGUUAUUGAGAUACCUUAAGCAUACUGCAAAGUAUGGUUUGUGCUAUUCUAAAUGUGAAGAAGGUGUUAAACUUGCUGGUUAUGUUGAUUCCAACUAUGCUAAUGACAGAGAUAAGAGGAAGUCCACCACUUCCUAUGUUUUUACUGUGUGUAGGUCAUGCAUUAGUUGGAAGUCACAAUUGCAGCACAUAGUGGCUCUAUCCACUACUGAGUCAGAAUACAUUGUUAUUACAGAAGCUAUGAAAGAAGCAGUGUGGUUGAAGGGAGUACUUUCUGAACUGAAUUUUUUGAAAACUCCUCCUGUUGUGUUCUCUGAUUCUCAGACUGCUAUUCAGCUGUGUUCUUCAAAGAGAUCUUGGAGCGUUCAAGUCCAAGAUUACUUCUCUGAUAUAGCCAAUUUGUAA